AUGGUUGGAUCCUUCCUGAGCUACAUCGGGCUUGGUGGUGCUGCUGCCCCAACGUCUCCACCAGCAGAGAAUGGAGCCGUUCGUGCCCUGCCAGGGAACUGGUACACAUCAGAGGAGAUGUACCAACUGGAGCGACGUGCCAUUUUCUCUCGCCGAUGGUUGAUUCUUACACACAAGUCACGUCUUCAGAAGCCUGGUGAUUGGCUCCGCUACAACUGUGCCAACUACGACUUCGUCGUAUCCAAGGACCGCAACGGCGAGAUUCACGCUUUCCACAAUGUUUGCAGACACCGCGCAUACCCUGUUGUUGAGCAGGACCAGGGUAACUCCAAGAUUCUCUCGUGCAAGUACCAUGGAUGGUCAUAUGGACUCAACGGCAAGCUGGCAAAGGCCCCCGGCUACCAGGAGCUUGACAGCUUCGACAAGGCCAAGAAUGGACUCUUCCCCAUUCACGUGCACAUGGAUCCCAACGGCUUUAUCUAUGUCAACAUGGACUCAAACAAGGUUCCGGAGGUCUCGUGGGACGAGCAAUUUGAGGGUACCGAUCAGCAGGAGCGGUUCAAGCAAUUCAACUUCGAUGAUUUUGACUACGACCACUCCUACACCUUAGAAGGUGACUUCAACUGGAAGAUUCUUGCGGACAACUUCAACGAAUGCUAUCACUGCAAGACAACACACCCCGAUCUGCCUGCUAUCGCCAACCUGGAGACAUACGAUGUCCAGUGUUCGGCGGAUCACAUCGAUCAUGAUCCUAAGAGCAACCCAGACCAGGUCCAGCAAGGUCUUAACAUCUGCUCCACAUAUCUCUUCCCUUAUUCCUCUUACACAGUCAGCCCUCACUUCAUGUUCAUGCAGAAGUUCAUGCCCACUGGCCCCAACCAUUGCGUCAUGUACUACGAAGUCUGGAAGAACCGCAACAGCACGCGUGAGGAGUUCGACCGUCUCAACAUUGUCUACAAGCGUGUCAUGGCGGAGGACAAGGUUCUCUGCGAGCGUGCACAGAAGAACAUCAAUGCCGGAGUCUUCAUCAACGGGGAGCUGCACCCACACAUGGAGAAGGGUCCCCUUUUCUUCCAGAAGCGUUGCCGUGAGAUCGUCAUGGAGCACGCAAAGCGAGAGAAGGCGGCUGGCAAGCAGAUCUGGCCAGCCAAACAGGCACUAGAGAAGGACGGCAAUUCGGCGAUCAGCAACGAAGAUGUUGACUUCUGCGAGGGGCUGGCGUGUGGUAACGAUAACGACAAGAGCGAGCUGGCUUGGUAA